AUGACUUAAAUAACAAAAAAUAUCUUGAUCCUUGGCUUAAUUUUAGUAAUUGGUUAGGCAUAAAUUUCAUUGAAUAUUUCUUCAGAGAAUUCUGUAGAAAAGUAUUUUAUUACAUCAACAGAACACAUGGUUGUCAUUGGCUUUGAAGGACAAUAUGUAUAAGUUUAUAAAUACUGGCCUAGGAAGUGAGAGAUUACAUAUUUUGCAGAAUGAAUGACUGCACAUGUGAAGACAUGGUUUCUAAAGGACCGAGAAGCCAUCCAUAGCUUAACUCAAUUUAGUAAACCAUUAAUGUAUAAUGUGUUGAUAACAACACAAUUACUUUUGAAAGAAAGGAGAACAGUUACAAGCCUUAUAUUUGGAACAAUAAGCCUUAAGAGGAAGAAUAAAAACCAUUUAAACCUUAAAAACGAAUAACUUAAGCUGAUACUGUCACCUACACAGAUAGUGAUAUGACAGCUUCAUUAACUGUUGGCUCAACAUUGCAAUUAAAAUGGAAAUUCAACACAGAUGACACAAUAGAAAUAUGUGUUAUUUUGAAUAAGAAAUCAUGGGUGGGAAUAGGAUUUGGCUAAGGAGUAUUUUAAUAUAAAUAAACUGUAGAUGAAUGGAGUAGACAUGUUUGCUAUUAACAUCAUAGAUGGGGCAGCAGAACUACUAGAUCUAUACGCUACAGGUGAAAGUGCUCCUCCAACAGACAAUUCUAAGGAUGUUACAUUGAUUUCAUCAAGCAUUUCUGAUUCAGCAGUAAAAGCUAGAAUUAAGAGAAAAUUGAAUACUGGAGAUUCAAAGGAUGCAGUAUUGGCCAAAGGAUCCUCUUAUACUUGGAGUUAUGCAACUUCUUCAUCUCUCGUAAUGGAAGAUCAUAAGAGUAAUGUAGGUGAAUUUUCAAUAACUCUAAGUGAGUCAGGAUCCUAACAAACUAGCAACGCAAAUUUAAUAUCAUUAAUUUUUGGAUUGCUGGUUCUAGGCCUAAUUAUUUGAAUUAUAAUAUAUAUUAAUUCACAUAUUAAGGUUAAUUGCA